GGCCUGGGGCCGCGCGUGGACCCGCGCCCUGAGGGGGUCGGGCUGCCCCGGGCGGGGGCGGGGGCGGCAGCAUGGUGGAGAAGCGGUGCCCGCGCCUGCAGAGAGAGAGCGUCUACCGCUGGUUCUCGGAGCUGCCCUCCCCGCAGCGGGUGGAGUUCCUUUGUGGCCUGCUGGACCUGUGCAUCCCGCUGGAGCUGCGCUUCCUGGGCGCCUGCCUGGAGGACCUGGCCCGCAAGGACUACCACUCCCUGCGCGACUCGGAGAUCAAGGCCAACAACCCGGCCGACCUGGGCAGCCUCACCAACCUGACGGACGAGGUGGUGCGCAGCAAGCUGCUGGUCUCGCUGGCCCUCCUGGGCUCAUCCCACCGGGAGGCGGCGGGGGUCCUCUUCCGGACCCUCACCCACAUCGACUCGGUCAUCCACAACUACGGACUGCAGCUCAACGAGGGCCGGACCGGGGAUGAGUUCCUGCUGCUCUUCACCAUGGCCUCCAACCACCCUGCCUUCAGCUUCCACCAGAAGCAGGUGCUGAGGCAGGAGCUCACCAAGAUCCAGAACCUCAUUGCCUGCACCGGCAAGAGCCCCAGCGCCGUCGCGGCCAGCACCGUGGGGACCUGCCCCGGGUGCCACAAGGUCGCGCCAAGAUCUGAGACCCCCAUAAACAGUGUCGGUAACAGUUUAGAAAAUGCACUACAUACAUCAGCACAUUCCAUUGAGGAGUCAUUACCUAAGAGGCCUUCAGGGAAACACUCCAAAGUGAGCGUUGAAAAAGUGGAAUUAAAGGGAUUAUCACACAAGAAGAAUGAUAGGAUUGUUGAAUAUUCUUUUGAGGUCUUAUGGUCUGAUUCUUCAGUGACAGUGGUAACAAAGUCUUCUGCUGAAGUGACUGAUUUCAUUUCAAAGUUAGGUCAGUUGUGUCCAGAAGAAAAUUUGGAGAAAUUCAUUCCUUUCCUAGCUGGUCCAGAUUCAUUUUACUUGGAAAGAAGCCACAUGGACCUGGAAUCAGACCUUAGGUAUUUGGCAUCAUUACCUUCCCAUGUCUGGAAAAAUGACCACGUCAAGAAAUUUUUCAGCACUUCAUGUCACUCCCCACAGUUUCAGAGUUCAAGUUCUGGCAAUUCUUCCCUUUAUAAAGUGGGUACUACACUGGGUGCUUCCGGAAGACCCAUCUGCGGGGUUGCUGGUGUCCAGUCUGCACAGAACAGUCUUCAGCAUCACAUGCCCCAUCCCGCUGCUGCAGCAGUUGCACUCUCACACUGCUCUCAUUCAGGUGGGACUGGAUCUGCAUUAUCGUGCAGCCGCACCCAGAUAGAAAACUCUUCCCCUGUUUUAAUGACUUCGAGUCCGCAAACCCCACAGGCCCAGGAGCAAAAUGGGAUUUUAGAUUGGCUCCGGAAACUGCGGUUGCACAAGUACUAUCCAGUUUUUAAACAGCUGACAAUGGAGAAGUUCUUGAGCCUCACUGAAGAAGAUCUGAAUAAGUUUGAAACCCUCACCAUGGGAGCAAAGAAGAAGCUCAAGACCCAGCUGGAAUUGGAAAAAGAAAAGUCAGAGAAACGGACCAUGAACCCAGCACCCUCCCCAUCUGUGAGCACUGGGGUGGCCAGAGUUCCUCCCACUACUCACAUCAGCCCUAUACAGAACAUGCGUGGGAACCAUACAGCAGAACUGCACGUGGAUGUGGAUCAGCCCGUCUCCACCCCGCCCCGUGAAGGAAGUUCCUCGGCAUCCUCCAGCUCUUCCUCCAGCCCCACGGGAAUCCAGCCCCGGGAGGAGAGCUCUGACAGCGCUGAGGAGAAUGAGAGGCGUUUAGAGAUCCACCCGGAGCCCCCCGAGAAGGAGAAGCCAGUGACGAUCCUGAAUCACUUCAGCUCCAGCUCAGCCAGGCCCACCGCUCAGGUUUUACCAGUACAGAACGAGGCAGGGUCUAGUCCGUCCGCUCACCACUCCUUGCCGGUGCAGAUGAUGGCUGCCGGCUCUUCUCACAUCAAUCCAAUUAGGAUAUUAAACUCUAUGCACAAAUCAGAGCGUGGGAAUACAGACAUGAAGCUCCUUUCUUCAUCUAUGCACUCGCUUUUACCUUUAGAAGACAGGACAAAAUUCUCCGCCGGGCCACCUCAAAAUAGCGUCAAGAUGGAGAAGAGCUUUGGAAACGCCAUGGUGGACAGGAUACCAACCUCUCCGCAUCAGCCCCUCCAAGUGCUCUCCGGGGUCCCUGAAAACGGCUCCGCCACACCUUCCAUUCAUUUUGGCCCACGGUCCAAAAUCGUGCACACGCCCACUCUAGACCGAGUGGUGAAGACCUCCCAGCAGCCAGGCAUCCUAGUGGAAACCAGCACCACGGCCACCGUCACGUCGAGCACGGUCUUCCACAUGGCACGCCCCCCAAUCAAGCUCCUGGUCUCGUCGUCCGUCCCCACAGACUCCACCAUCGUCGGGCCGUCGUCUUGUUCCAACAGUAUGCAAUUCAGCGUGUCCCCAGCAAUAAUAAGUCCUCGGACUGCUCUGUACACAGCCAACACCAAAGUGGCCUUUUCUGCCAUGAGCAGCAUGCCAGUCGCCCCCAUGCCCAGCAGCACCUUCUGUGCAAACAGCAACCCUGCCUCUUCCAGCAGCCACCUAGCCACCUCCUUUGCCAACAUGAGCAGUCUCCCCAGCUGCCCUCCCCCCAGCUCCAGCCCCACGCUGUCCUCAGCCGCGGAGAACAGUUUCUACAGUGGGGGCGGCAGCUCCGCGGGGAACAUUCCCGUCCCCAAUCAGAACCAUCACCACCAUCACCACCACCAGCAACAGCCGCCCGGCUGCAUGGUGUGCAGUUCCUGCGGCUGCAGCGGGAAUUGCGGCUCGAGCGGCAUGACUGUUAGCUACGCGAACUACUUCCAGCACCCCUUUUCAGCACCGUCAAUGUUUACUUUCCCCUUCCUCCCCUUCAGUCCCUUGUGCAGCAACGGCUACGUCAACACCCAGCAGUAUAACAGCAGCUCAGCUUUCCCUAUGGUCCACUCUCCUUACAGCGGCGGCCCCGCGCCGGACUCCCUUAUGAGCGGACAGUCCGCGUUUGCGGUGCCCCCGAUGCAAAGCUUUAUGGCCGGCACUGCAGGGGUGUAUCAGGCACAGGGGAUGGUGAACAACAAUAGUGGCGCAGGGCACAAAAAGCCUGGGAACCUUUCCUGUUAUAAUUGCGGAGCCAGCGGCCACAGAGCUCAAGACUGCAAGCAGCCACCGAUGGAUUUCAAUCGACAAGGUACAUUUCGGUUAAAAUAUGCUCCCCCGGCCGAGAGUUUAGAGUCCACAGACUGACGUUAACUUCAGAUGCAAUAUUUUGUGAUGGCAGAAGCCAUGAGAUAAUUAGGAAACUUCAGAUUGGAACCUAAGGAGUCUUAUCUGUUGAGCUUAUUAAUGUUAUUUUUUUAAUCCAAAGGUGCUCUACUUCAACACUAGGAAGGAACUGAAAUUUUAGGGGGGGCUUUCAAGCCCGUUUUUCCUGAAUUGCCAAAACGAUAACGCAGAUCUUAAUGUUGGAUCUCCCAGAUGCUAGGUGAGACUGGCCAACUGUCUUUUCUGUUGUAUAGAAACUCCUGCACUUUUGCUGAAGAAUGUUGCCAUACUUUGACCUUCCAUGCUGGAAACUUAAACUCCUGGGCAGCUAUGUUAGAAUCUGGAGCGAGAGCUAGAGGCUGAUGGUGCAGUAGCCAUUCACCUGCUGGACUCCUAACUUCUGAAGCUAGAUAAACAUAUCUACUUUUUCUCAAAACAAAUCAGGCACUACACUCUGGGAUUUUAAAGGGUUGCACUACAGAAGAAUGUAUAAUUCUGUUCUGACUAUCUGCACUUCUAGCAAACUGAGAUCAGUGGAAGAGAUGUUCUAACCGUUGGAAACAAACAGGCACCAGCAGGCUACGUGGUCUUCUAAUAAAGAAAACUUAAUCCUCUCUUUCUUCCCAAAGAACAGAGGUGAAUGUUUUGCUUCAUUCUGGAAACAGUUAUGAUAAUGCUUGUCAGCAAUUACUCUUAUGUAGAACUAAGUUACCAGCUAUGGAUUAAACUUAGUUUCCAAGGGUCUAGUGCCAGAGACUCAAACUCAGUGGUAUUUUUUUUAAAAUUCUCUUCUGCAACUUAAGGAACUGUUAACAGUGCAGUGGUUUCUGCCAUAGGAAAUGGUAUUCUGCAUCUGUAAUAAAUUUUAAAAUUCAGACUCUUCCAGGAGUUUGUGGGAUUUAGAAGGCACAGCGUCAAAUACAGUAGCAUACCUUUUCAUUACUUAGAAAAGUUUAUAGUUUGCCUCUUCAUUCGAUGUACGCUAUAAACUAUUAGCUUUGAUAACUAGGUAGCAGCCAGUAGCGCUUAUACAAUAGAGUUGAGACAAUGUGGAUUUAUCGGCCAAAGGGAGGCAAUGGUUUUUAAAAUCAAUUCUACCUGCUGCAUUGGUUGCAGCUCUCUUGCUUCAUUGAUAGGACUGAAGUUUGAACUGCCUCAUGGCGUAGUCGUACUGUGGGCACGCAAAGCGGUUGCAGAGGUCUGCCAAAUGAGUUCAGUGUGGCUGGGCAGGGGAGUGGGAUCGGCUGGGUCUCCGCACUGAAUACAUAUGAAAUUGUGAAAAGCUGUGUGCUGUUCUGUAGUACAAGAGAGCUUCGCUCUGAACAGUGGGAGUGGGAAUGUCAGUAACUUCACUCUGCUUUCUGUAAAGCAGCAAUUCAGUUUUAUUCCUGUGCUCAUCUGUUGCCUUUGAAACUGAUAUUCUAGCAGGCCUGCAUCUAACUUCAGUUAUUUCUAUGCAAUGGAGUACUAGACUUCCAUAUCCUCACUUUGGCUUCACCAAAACAGUGUUAGAUGGGUGUGAGACAGACUCAGUUAGCUGAACUUUAUUCCCCCUGAACUCUGGGGUAAUAACGUGGCUGCUGUUAAAAUCAGUAUGUCAAGAUCAUAAUAUGUAAACUUCAUCUGUAAUACCCUGAAUUAUUGAGGCUGCUGCUAUACACCGUUACUGUUAGGAAAAUCGAAAAAUUGUACCCAAAAUGGAUGGGAACUCAGCAGUUUACUUUGCCUUAAUGAUCUUGCCAUGAGUAGAAGCAACCUGCCAUGGUCAUUACAUCUUUCAGUUCAUGUUUACUCUUCAAGUUGAGAAUGCUUCUAGUAGUCUGGAAUAUGUGCUAAGAGCCAAAUGUCCAUUCUUUAAAAAAAGGAAUCCUACCACCACACAAACUUAGAAGAAUAAAACCCUUAUUGGGUAUUUUAAUUGGGAAGCCUCUAGAAACCUGCCUCCAUUACAUCUGUGCGAUUAAAAAAUGUGUGAUUUUCUUUCCCACGGAAGAAGCCCUUUGUCAGCCAUCCCACUUUCAAAAAGAACUGCUUUGCUAUAAUACAGCUGCAGAGAAAAUGCAACGGAGCCCCCAGAAGAAAGCUUGAGCUCGCUGUCUUGUUUUACCUCUGAAAGUAUUAGGUUUGCCUUGUUGAUCUAACUUUAUUCAUAUUCUCCACUAUUCAGACAUGAAGUGGUUGGCAGUGUUUCAUACCGGAAUAGAUGCUCACAGCAGGCCUCACGUGCAGGAGCGAUUAAGCCCUUUUUAAAACACUAACUGUGUGCCUCAGUUUGGCUGCAACUUUGCACUGAAGGACUUGAAAGAAUGUGACUCAAGUCAUGUUGUAAACAACAGCACAUAAUUGCAGAAUCACCCAAAGUCCUAGCCGAGAGGGGAUGAAGUAUUUCCUUGCUAAAAACCAGACAGAGUCUGUAUUGGAGGAGACUAUUUUCACUGACUGUACUGUAGGACACCUGCCAGGUAUGCAGUUUAGCUAAUAAGAACUUAAUGGAGCACCACAAAACUGCAAGCUAGCAACUGAUUUGAGAGAGAACCUUUCUAAUCGUUAAAAAUCAUGUAUUUCAUAUUAUCCUGAAGUGAACACUCCAAAACACCCAGAGAAAACACUCCACCAGAUACGAUACUUCAUUUUAAGGCCCAAAUAAUCAUAACUGACCAGAUUCCUUAUGCUGGCAACGGGUGCUCUUGUUGCAGACAAGUAGCCUUAUCCACAACCCCCUUAACAGGCUAUACCCGAAAGCAGAAAUUAAGGAUGGCAGCAAUUCAGAAAGCUACCACUAUCCACAAUUUUCACUGUAUCUUCCUUUGGAAUUAUCUCUGUAAACUAAAUUCUAACUGUUGUAGGAAACACUCGUGUCCCAAAAUUGCAGGUUAAUGUGUUUUCCAGUUACAGUUUUCUGUUUGGAACAAAAGACACUCCUUUGCCCGUUUCGAGCCAUUUCUUUUACACCUAGUAUUACAAAAUGUGCAUGUAACUUUAUAUAAAUAUCAAAAGUUUUGUAAAUAUUUAAUAUUUACCUAAUAUGAUUUUGAAUUGUAAAUGUCAAGUAUUCUGGUAUUGGGAUUUUUAUGUUUUAUUAUACUUUGUUAAAGGUAAAAUUGUACAUUUUUAGAAUGUUUUUAUCUGAGUAAAUUUAAUGUACUGAAAAAAUAAAAGACCGCAGUGUCUUUUCAGUUAUCCUCAGUUGAUGUUUUCUUCUCAGUUGAGGCUAAAGAUGGCAAAGCUUGGUGCAAGCUGUUUUCAGCAACAGAGCGGCAAAGGGCAUCCUUGGAAGUGGGACUCGUAGGCAGAUUGUACUGAACUCUGCUUACUUUCUGCAAGAGGAGGCAGGGCCAUGCUGCAGGCGAUGGGCUAGGCAAUAAUCUACUCAACAGGCAUUUCUUUUAUUACAGCCUUCACGGUCCAGUCCUCUCUAGCUGCAUUAGAAUUGCCACUCCGAAUUCCCACCCAGCACAGCUAGCAGCAAUGGCGACCUGGAAUCCUAGGAGCCAUGGUUCCAAGCAACGAGGUCGAAGGCAGCUGCUUUAAUGUUCUAUUCCUGCACUGAUUUCUUGGUGUCGUUUUACAUAAAAUGCUGGAUCCUGACUUUCAGAGGCUUCAUAGCCACACCCAUUCAAUCUGCAAUGAAGUGCCACCUAAACCAAACACAGCGGAACAACGGGCCAGGUUUUGGGCGGACUUCUCGAAGACAACUUUUCAAUCGCUUGGGACGGAACUACCCACGUCAACACUUUUUUAAAAGAAAGCAACAAGAUGUAGUCAUUCAAUGCUUAAGAGGGCGGUCUAUCAUGAAGAACUCAAAUUGAACAGAAGAUAUUACAUUUUUUACAAUAAAAUGAGAUCUCACAGUGACUAUUUUAAAAGCAAACCCUGAACAGGUGAAUCCAAUCCGUUGGUACAAAUGGCCAAUCAGAGUGAGAGCAUGCAGCGUGCUGAGAUUUAGCACUGCUUUUCUUGCUUGCUGGAGGCUAGUUUCCUAUCACACGAUCAUAUCUGCACAUUAAUAUAAGAGUAAAUUUACUACAUUUCUGAAGAAUCAAAACAGCUAUCUGAAAUACUCCUUUUGCAUAGGGCAUAUUGUGUUAACAGUAAAAUGAAAAUUCAGUCAACAUGCAGUAGAUACAAAGUUUUAGUGAUAGAAUCCACACAUAUUCUUUGUAAUUUUAGAUACAGCCUAGUCUUUAAUAAAGUGAAAUUAUGCUCAGUGUGAAAUUUAAAUUGAAGGAAACCAAGGUUUUCAGUAAGGAUGCAAUGCAGAUUCAAUCUUGGUUCCACCUAUUCCAGUUCAAGAACGUGGCAGGUAGAAAGAUGAAUAUGCACAGAUGUGCACAAAAAUACACAAUUUCAAUGGUUAAGAAGCUUGCCUUUGCCUGUACCUGAUCCAGAAGGCUUGCAUCUGCUAUUUGCAAAAUCCUUUUCUUCAAAACAAGCAUUCAAUACCAUUUGAAGGAUAAAAGGAAGCCCUCUUUUUUUGAGGGUGAGAUGGACGGAUUUGAUAAAAAAAAAGAUGCAUGACAGAAUACAAAUGUAUUAAAGUUUCAACUGUUAAGUACAUAACCUAGUUUUAAAAUACACACUUCCUAAACUAAAGCUAUGCUUGAUAUAUAGUUAUAAUGAGCAAUCUGGUAUUUUGUUGAUAUUGGGGAAUGAACCCCUCCCUCCACCACAUGCACUGAUUUUCCAAACAUCAAGAAAUUCAAAGAAGCAGACUUUUACUCCUAUGUGUUUCCUUUCAGGAAAAGCCAUUUUUAGGAGCUGAAAUAUAAAUUAACAGGAUAUAUCACACAGAUGUAUUUCAGUUCGCUACUUAACAUUCAG